AUGCAGGUGAUCACUCAAGAAGAUAGUAAAAAGCAGGAAGGGAAUGUUGUUAAAAGCUGGGAGGGGAAUUUUAAGAAAUUUGGAGAGAGUAAAGCUAAUACUCAAGAAGUGAAUAACAAAAAGGUUAGAGGUGCACUUUUUGUUAAUGUUAAUGACUUGCCAGAGGAGAUUGGUAAAAAAGGGAGGAAGGAAGAAGAAGAAAAAGAAGAGAGAGAGGGAGAGAGAGGACAGACUGUCUCAAACGCCGAGGCGAAGACCAGAGAAGGCAAGGAGAAGAAGGCAAGAGAAGAAGAGAAGGAGGCAAGGAGAAGGAGGCAAGGAGAAGGAGGCAAGGAGAAGGAGGCAAGGAGAAGGAGGCAAGGAGAAGGAGGCAAGGAGAAGAGGGCAAGGAGAAGAGGGCAAGGAGAAGAGGGCAAGGAGAAGAGGGCAAGGAGAAGAGGGCAAGGAGAAGAGGGCAAGGAGAAGAGGGCAAGGAGAAGAGGGCAAGGAGAAGAGGGCAAGGAGAAGAGGGCAAGGAGAAGAGGGCAAGGAGAAGAGGGCAAGGAGAAGAGGGCAAGGAGAAGAGGGCAAGGAGAAGAGGGCAAGGAGAAGAGGGCAAGGAGAAGAGGGCAAGGAGAAGAGGGCAAGGAGAAGAGGGCAAGGAGAAGAGGGCAAGGAGAAGAGGGCAAGGAGAAGAGGGCAAGGAGAAGAGGGCAAGGAGAAGAGGGCAAGGAGAAGAGGGCAAGGAGAAGAGGGCAAGGGAAAGAGUAA